UAUAUAUAUGCACAAAUUGUAAGUAGUAAAUUAAAUUUUUGAAGAUGCGAGAAGAUAACGAUAUGGAAUAUAAUAAUAUGAACUAUAUUAUAACUUUGGUUUUCAUUUUGAUGUUCUUGCAAAUUUCAAUGAUGAAUUAAUUAUAGUAUAUUUACCAUAAAAGAUAUAAUAUUUAUGAUCAUAAUUUUUUUUUAUAUUUGCACGUUGAACGUUUUUUUCUAUAUUUUCGUUGCCACAACUUUCGCGUAUUAUGGUAAGCAUCAGAAAAGAAAAGAGAAGAGAAGGAAGAAAGUACCGAAAGAGAAAGAGAAAGACAGAGAAAAGAUCUUUAUCCGCUCCUGAUCCUACACAUGUGCGGCUCACAUGAGUGUCGAGUUUAGCUGAGAAAAACAGGGAGUAAGAAACAGGAGGGGGAGGAGAAGAGCGGCAACGCGGAACUGAGGGAUGUAAGCGUGCGUGACACACCAGAGAUGAGGAAAUUUCAUAUUCCAAAGGAAAGGAAAGAGGCUGCGGAUCAGUCGCUCAUUGAUAAAGGCAACGUUUUCGUGAACAGUCUAAGGUCGGAUCUAUAACAUGGCAACGCGUAGAAAAGAAGAAUCGUCGAAGCAGCGAUAUCAAGCAAACGCUCGAGAAAGAGAUCGCACUCAUAGAAUACAAUCUUCAUUGUGCAGCGUGAACACGGCUUUCAGCGUCCUGAGAACUCUGAUUCCAACCGAACCGGCUGACCGGAAGCUAUCGAAAAUAGAGACUUUAAGGUUGGCCAGCAGUUACAUUAGCCAUUUGGAUGCUAUACUCAUCGCGGGUGCCAUAGAUCAACCCUGCUCACGUCUCCUAAAAAAUAACAGCAUUUGCUCGACAAGGCCGCAAGUUUGCACUUUUUGCUUAGCAAUGCAUAAAAAAUAUGUAAUUUCCGAUUACUCAAAUGUUGAGACAACAUCGUGUAUCUUUAUGCCAACGAAUGCAACGUGUUUCGAUUUAGAUAUAAAUGAUAAUUAAAAUUUAAAACUUAGUAUAAUAUCUGUAUAUUUGUUGUAAAUAUUACUUAUAAUUAUUUGUAGCAUAUGUUAUAAGAAUUAUAUAGUAACUUAAUUAGGAAUUAUUAAUUACAUGUUCCAUAAGUUUUACACUAAUAUAAAUUUUUUAUUAAUAUUUUGAUUUUAUGGGAAAAUAAUGUAAUUUAUAUAUAUACACAUAUACAUGAGAUCUUUUAUAUACAUAUGUCUAAUAACUUAAAAAUAAUAUUGAAUCUUUACAUUUGUGAAUAUGAGAAAAAAAUAUGUAACGAUUAUAGUUUUGCUAUCAAAAGAUAUAUUUAAUUUUCAAAAUUAAUAUAUCUUAACUUCUCAAAAAUUAAUAACAAAACGUUAUCUUAAACAUUAAAAAACAAUCAUUUUUUUCGAAGUAACUGUUGUCGGUAACACACUACAAAUAAGUCGCUUCAAGUAUCGUGGGGUUAUUUAAAGACGUCACUGCUUUAUUCUACAAUUAUUUUUCACUCGUCAUAGUUAAAAUAAUUUACAAGAAGAAAAACUUGAAGUUAUCCAUCGCUUUUAUAUAUUCUUUUUAUAUUUUUUUUCGCGUAUAUUGUCAAAACAUUUGAAUGUCAAUUUUGCGCCAGUCAGUUUUACUUCGACACAACGUUAGUCAAUGCAACAUCUCAUAUAAUCGUAUGAUCAUAUAAUAAUAUUUUGCAUUUUUAACAAUUAACGCGCCUUUCUUCAUGAAAAAUAAUUUCUGCGAAAUUUUUUAGCCUUUUCCGUAAUAUAAUAUUAUACAUUCUAUUAAUGGCGUGCAAUAGUAAUAGUUGCUUCGAUCGGAAGUUAGACUUGGAAAGAUUACAAGGAACAAUGCAUUGAGUUCCGAGGUUCAUUUUAGUUUCAGUUCCCGUUUUUGUGCAUAUUUUCUCGUUCAUCGUUCGUAUUUUAGUAUUCUAUUAUUCGAAUUUCUUCGUUUAUACAUCGAUUCGGCAACUGGAUGACGCCUAACAUCGAUAACAUUGUGAAUCGCCGAUUGAAAAUCACGUAUUCUCGAAGUUUAUUCAAUAUAGGACGUGAAUCGAAGUGUAGCGUGUGAGGACAUUCAUCGAAUACAUUCAUAACGUAUUGAACGUAAGUUAUUUGUUAAAAUAUUUAUUUAUUUAUUUUUAUUAUGUUAAGGCAAUUCUUGAGGCGCAAAACAUAUAUUUAUAUGUAGUAUGAUUAUUCUCGCACAAAGGACGCAACUAUGCGUUAUAUGCGGUAAAAAAAAAGUUAAAUAACCAAUAAAUUUUUUUAA